AUGAAUCGACAAUGCGGAUUGCGCAAUGCUCAUGCUUAUCAAAUUAAUGUUGUGUGGUUUGGCUCAAUGAAAUAUUUCAAAGCAAAACCUGGGCUAAGAAUAUGGGCCUUAAGAUUUCAAAGCAAAACCUGGGCUAAGAAUAUGGGCCUUAAGAUUUCAAGGCCUGACCUAGAUUUUAUAAAUGGGCUUAAAAAAUUCAAAGAAUUCAAGCUGGUCAAGAAGACUCCAAUUAGCCCAAAUGUUGCAAAGUUUAGAUUCUCUCUUCCUACACCUAAAGCAGUGUUGGGUCUUCCUGUUGGAAAGCAUGUUGUUUGCAGGGGAAAGGAUGGUGAAGGUCAAGAAGUUACAAGACCAUAUACACCAAUUACUUUGGAUUCUGAUGUUGGCUACUUUGAACUAGUUGUAAAAAUGUAUCCAAAAGGAAGGAUGUCACACCAUUUCAGGGAGAUGUGUGAAGGGGAAUAUCUUGCAGUAAAGGGACCUCAGGGACGAUUCAAUUACAAACCUGGCCAAGCUAGAGCGUUCGGAAUGAUUGCUGGAGGUUCUGGCAUCACCCCAAUUUUCCAGCUUACUAGAGCCAUAUUAGAGAACCCAAAAGAUAAAACCUGUGUGCAUCUUAUUUAUGCCAAUACCACAGUUGAGGACAUUCUUUUGAAGGAAGAAUUAGAUGCCUUUGCUAGCAAAUUCCCCAAUCGUUUCAAAGUUUAUUAUGUCCUCAGUCAGCCUCCUGAAGCAUGGAAUGGUGGUGUUGGUUAUGUCUCUAAAGAAAUUAUUCAAAAUUAUUGCCCGGCUCCUGCCUCAGACAUUCAGGUUAACAAAAGUAGAGAAUAUCUGAAAGCAAAGAUGGUGAAAAACAUGGAAAGCGCUAAAUGUGCUCUAGGGUUAAUGCUUUUGGUGUUGAGUUUAGGUGCUGAAAUUGCCGAUGCCACCAUAUCGUGUCUAGAUGCAUUGGCAACUUUGACUCCUUGCCUUCCUUUCUUGCUGGGUUUGCCACCAACACCAAGCGAUGCUUGCUGUGCAGGUGCACAAAAGUUGGACAAGCUAGCUGCUACCUCUCCUGUCGAUCGCAAGAGUCUCUGUGAAUGUUUUGUGUCAGCUGUGAAGUCUUACCCUGCCAACCCUCAAAAAGUUCAACAACUUCCCAAGCUUUGCCAACUCCAAGUCACCCUUCCUGAUAACCCUGACGUCGAUUGCAGCAAGUAA